ACGAGCAGUGUCAUGAUGAUGGUGCUAUGGAUUACUUUGCUCUUUCUUCAUCAAGGAUAUUCUCUGGUUCCAAUGAAAAUCGUUCAGCUUGGUGAACCAGUAACGUUAACAUGUGCUUUACCCAGCAAUAAAGAGCUCAGCACUUUGGAAGUCCACUGGUACAAGCAGAGUAUCGGGGAUGGGCUCAAAUUGAUUUCAACACUGUAUGGAACUAGACUACCUCAGUAUGGUCAAGAAAUAUUUAGAUCAAGAUAUAACGCAUGUAAUACAAAAACUUUUAGCAAUCUGACCAUUUUGAAGACAGUCCAAGAGGAUGAAGGAAUCUAUCACUGUGGAAUCAUUGAAUGGCUUAAUCCUGAAUGGAGUGGGACAUAUUUGUUAGUAAAAGGAAACACUCAGAGGGCAUCAAACUAUACUGUUGUUCAGUGGCCAGCUGUAUCAGAUCCAGUCAAUCCAGCAGACACAACAGCUCUCCAGUGUUCAGUUUUCUCUGACUCUGACAACAACACAUAUGCAGGGGAUCAUGAUGUGUUCUGGUUCAGAGCUGGUUCAGACAAAUCUCAUCCUAGCAUCAUCUACACUGGCAGAAAGAGAAGUAAUGAAUGUGAAAAACCAUCUGACCUUCAGAAUAGAUGUGUUUAUCGCUUCUCUAAGAACAUCAGCUCCUCUGAUGAAGGGACUUACUAUUGUGCUGUGGCCACAUGUGGGGAGAUAUUAUUUGGAAAUGGAACCGAACCUGUGCAAAAAACACAGUCGGCAUUUAUUCAACUGGCCUUAAUAAUAGUGGGUUUGGUCAUUUCUGUCACUGGAAAUGUUUUCCUCAUCUGCAACCGAAGAGUACAAAAUAAAGAAAAUGCUAUAUCAGAAGAUCACAUUGACACCUCACACCAACCAGCCGAAACUGAUGGCCAUGUAAGCUAUGUUGCACUGAACUUCAGUGAAAGGAAAUCGAGAAGCACAAGGAAGAAAGACUUUGCUGAGGACAGUGUCUACUCUCAAGUUAAAUCCUGAUUUCAAUACCAAAGUUGAGUUUUGUGUGUUUUGUUCUGUAUUUCUUGGGAAAAAAAACAGAAAAUAAAAGAAAAUACGGAAAAAAUAUCAAAGAAAAGAAAAGAAAAAUCAACACAUCAACUUUAAAUUUUGCAAAAGAAAAAACAAAAAAAAUCCUCAACCCACUAUGCGAUUUACUUAAUCAGUGAAUUCACACUCCUUUCGGAGAGGAAACUUUAGUCCUGCUCACUCCAUAGGUAGCUUUCUGACCUUUGUAAGAGAAAUUAAGUUGAGUGCUGCUGAAUUAGAAGCUUUUUUGUAAAAGCAAAUUGUGUUGGUUGGAGAUAACUGUAGUGUGAGAAAACACUUGUGCAGACUGACAGUAUAAAUUCAGGAAUGUGAGAGUCAGGAUCAACUGUUUGGUGAGUUUAGCUGAACUGAGCCUUGCAGCCAUGUUGUUUGUUAUUGCAGUAGCAUUGCGUUGCCUGUUUGCCUUUCCUGUUAGGUGAGCUUGACUUUACAAUAUAUUUCCUGCUUUUAAUUUUUUUUAAGGUUAGAUAAUGUAGUUUGUUUCUACCUUAAAUAAUUGAAUGGAAAUUUCAAUGUGAAUUAUAGCUUUGUUUGUUUUUAUGCUAGGUUACCUAGUCCCAUGUUAGUUUACAUGUUAGUGUUAUAUCAUGCAUAGCUGCACGGGCUGCCUUGCAAUGCAUCAUCUGUGAUAAUAAUCAUAACAACAACAACAGCAAUAAUAAUAACAAUAAUAAUGACAUGUAUUAUGAUGAAUAUGACUUGCUUUGAGGGUCCGGAGUCUAGUGACUCCCACUUUAUGUUUAUGAAUAUUCAUUGAUUUUGUUAGUUUUCUAGUUAUUUGUUAUUAUUUCCAGUGUUUAGGUGUUCUCUGUGUCUCCCUUGUGUUCCUUGUGUUGUGUCUAGUCUUCUUGGUUCUGUGUUCCUGUUUCCCGUUUUACUUUGGAGAGUCUCGCGUCCUGUGCAUCAGUGUAUUCUGUUUUGCUUCCACCUGGUCUCAUCUUGUCUGAUUAUUGUGAACUACGUUCCCUGCCUGUCGGCCAUUUCCUUGUUUCCCUGUGUGUGAUAUAUAGUGUGUGCAAUCGUUGGUAAUGUUUUCUAUGUUCCUCAUGUUCUUUAGUUUAGCUUUUCCCAGUGUAGAUUUUUGUUUGUUUUUCUCAGUUCCUCCGUUGCCUUUUGUUUUGUAGCUUUUUGUGCAGCCAAGAAUAAAGGCUCGUUUUUGUUAAAGAUCCACCUUCAUCUCCA